GUUUACUCGUGUGUAUGCGUAUUGUUACUUUUGCAAUGGUGUUUUUUUGUCUUGGUGAGUAAAUGUUUUGUGAAUGGAGCUUUUAAGUAACCUACUUACGAAGGCUUAUUGGUUCAUGUGUAUGGAGGUUUACUCGUGACAAAAGAUCGAAACUUGUUCGAAAGAUUACUAAAAUUCUUCUAAACAAAUUCGAAGGUCCCUUCUACAGGUAGACAUGUGUGCCGCGGGAAAAACAACAGAGAUACAUCCUUGAGUUUGCGAAAACCCACACAUGGGAUCCUUUGAUAACGGGACUGUUCAAGCUUAUUUUGAGGAAAUCUGUCAAAAGCGGAUCAAAGACAUGGUUAGCACUGUGAGGACUAGUCGAGUUCAACCAAACUGGAUUUGAAACACUCUCUGGAGAACGAUGGAGGAUUACUGGACACUGAAGAAGCACAACAAAAGAGUAAAACCUACUCUGAUGCCCAUAUGUCUGACCGUAACGGCCUAGGUCCUCACGUCCACCUCUCAGGGCCAAAGUCGUAUUGACAGCUUCAAGACGAAAUGGUUGAGGAAUUGGGAAGAGAAGUUCGACUUGGUGAGGUUUUUAUCAAGGCACAUACAAAGCCUGAUAGUACAUAUGUUGAUUGGAAGGCAGAGAAGAUUGCAGAAACAAAUGAGAAGACUGUUCAAGAGAGGUUGUCUCAGCUCGAGGCAGAGUCUUUUGCUGUGUCAGAUGGAGAAUCACGGCCACGGGACCUCACAACAAAAGAAUAUACAGAUAUUUUCCUUGAGUCCACUGAGAAGGAUUCAAGAGGAACACCUUAUGGAGUUGGAAGCCUUAAGGACUGCCUUGUCAAUGGAACGCAUAAGCAAGCAUGUGGCUUUUCUACCUUUGUGGCUCUCGAAGAACAGUUGAAGGAAGCUCAACGCAUGAUAGAAGAACAGGCUGCUCAACUGCAGCGGCGUGAUGCAGAAAUUGCUGCGCGUGAAGCUGAGCAAUCCAAAGUUAUUGCUGCCCAGAAGGACAAGAUUGACCAAUUCUCCAUAUUGGAGGAGUUUCUGAGAGAAUGUGAUCCACGGUUUCAGAAUUUCGUUUGCAAGCCAUUCAGCUAAAGAGACAACCACAUAACCUCUUCCCCAAAAUGAUCCAACUCCAACUCCAUCAACAUCAACAU